AUGGGCAAAAUGUGCAAAGUGGUGUUGUGUCUUUGUAUGGCGGUGUUGAGCUGGGGCGGCGCGGCUGCGGAGAUUGGGCACAACAUGAACAACAUCUCGCGCAGCAUGCUCGAGGAAGUGACGGACGUGAUGGAUAUGGUGGAGGUGAUUUACUCCGAACCAGUGAUCACCCCCAAGUACGUUGCCGAGCUGCAGUUCGAUAUGCGCGCUAUGGGCCCCCUCUACAACUCGACACACAUCAUCAUCGACGCCAUCGCUGACAAGCAGGCAUAUCCAGAAGGCAUAGUGUCGGUGUCGGACGGGCACCUGUACGUGGCGCCGCUGAAGGACGAGUGGCGCACGCUGCUGGCGCACUACGCGGGCCCGGUCGCCUUCAUCGUCGUCGCGGUGCUGCUCAUCGUCGUUCUGCCGCUGACGGGGCUGUUCUGGUGCUGCUGCUACUGGUGCCGCGCGAGACGGCGGCGGCGCCCGUUCGACCGCAAGUACGACGCCUGCCUCAAGGGAGUGCUCGCCAUCAUACUCAUCGCAUUGCUGACUCUCUUCUUGUUCGGCGUGGUGUGUGCGUUCGCGACGGAGUCGCAGGUGGAGACGGGCGCGGCCGGCCUGUCGCAGUCGCUGGACGCCGGCAUCAACGACACGCAGGAGUUCCUCAACGCCACGCAGGCGCAUGCGCGUUGGCUGCUCGUCAACAACUUCAACGAACUGAAAAUCAAACUUAAUUCUAUGCUUUAUGGUAUCGGCGUGACGGCGUCAGUGAAGCUGGGCGAGUUCUCCCGCGCGGUGUCGGUGACGACGCUCAACAAGAUGGUGCAGCAACUGGACGAGGUGCAGGCCAACCUACGCACCGUACAUGUCCUCACCGCACAACUGCGGCUCAAGGCGGACCAUCUGAACACAGGCCUCCGCAAGGUGAAGAACCAGUUGCUGCAGACCCUGGCCAAGUGCGACCAGCCCAAGUGCCGCGCCCUGCAGGACAAGUACAAGAUCGGACAGCUCGACACCGAGAUACAGUACAGCCAGAUGCCGGACGUGACGGAGCUGCUGGGCAACGUGACCGCGCUGCUGGACAGCGACAUCAAGGGCGAGGUGGCGGCCGGCCAGCAGGUGUUCAGCGACAUCCAGCGCGGCAUCCAGCGCUCCGUGGACAAGCACGUGCCCGACGUGGCCGACGGCAUCGAGGCGCUGGGCCGCCAGCUGGGCGCCGUGGCCGACGACAUCACGUGGAUGGCCGGCAACGCCAGCGCGCGCCUGGACGCGGCGCGCGGCCCGGCCGCCGCGCCCGCGCGCCUGCACGCGCGCUGGGGCCCGUACCGCCGCGCCGCGGGGCUGGGCGCCGCCGCCGCGCUGCUGCUGGUCACGGGCCUGGCGGCCUGGGGCCUGCUGUGCGGCGUCUGCGGCAAGCGCCCCGACGUCUACGGCGCCAGCGACUGCUGCAACAAGGGCCACGGCGCGCGCAGUCUGCUCUGCGGUAUGGGCGCCAUGUUCGUGCUGGGCAGCGGGGUGACGCUGGUGCUGCUGGUGUACUUCGUGCUGGGGCUGGCCGCGCAGCGCUUCGUCUGCGACCCACUCACGGAGCCGCGCGAUAACCGCGUGUUCUCGGACCUGGAGCAGGUGGUGGACCUGGAGGGCACACUCUUCGGGAACCAUCAGGACCCGGACUUCAACAUGACAUACGCACUCGUGCGCUGCCACAAGAACUACACCGUGUACGAGACGCUGCAGCUGCAGCGCCUGCUGAACGUGUCUGCGCAGCGCGGCGCCGUGCGCGCGCAGGUGGCGGGGCGCCUGCAGCGCCUGCAGCCGCUGCUGCCGCGCGCGCAGCCCGUGUCCAUCCUGCGCCCCGCCGCGCGCGACAAGCUGCGCCGCCUGGCCGACACCGGCCUGUCCGACUUCCAGUUCGAGCGCAUCCUGGCCGCGCUGGAGACCAACAUGACGUCGCUGGCGCUGGACUCGCUGGCGCGCCAGCUCAACUCCACGGCGCGCAGCCUGCAGCAGCCGCUGUUCCAGGCGGAGGCCGCGUCGUUGCUGCGGGCCUCGGCCGCGCUCACCGAGCUGCUGCACGACGUGCUGGAGCCCAUGCUGCAGGACUCCGCACAGCUCAAUAUUACCGCUACGAAGCUACGGGACGGUCUUAGGUUCAACCACUCAUCGCUGAAGGAUGCCAUCACAUACCUGAUGCACGAGACUAGCGAGGCGGAGGUGUUCCUCAACACGCAGGGACCCGAACGACUAGAGAACAUGACGGCGGAGCUGGGCGAGGCGGUGGCGCGCAAGCUGGAGCAGUACAUGGUGCGGCUGGAGCGCGGCGCGCGCCUGGACGUGGGCCGCUGCGGGCCGCUGUCGCGCGCCUUCAACGCCACGCGCGACGCCGCGUGCCGCGCCGCGCUGCAGCCGGCGCACGGCUACUGGCUGGCGCUGGCGUGGUGCGUGCUGCUGUUCGCGCCGCUGCUGGCCGCCAGCGCGCGCCUGGCGCGCCUCUACCGCCACGUCGACCCCUACCCCGGCCCGCUCGUCGAGGCCGAGUAUUUGUAUGACGCGUACGCGGACCGCGAUAACGUACCCCUUGCCAACGCAUACAAGGCAGAGAAGCGAAGCGGGCGCGAGGCACGAGACGGGCGCGAGGCGCGCGACGGGCGCGAGGCGCGCGAGGCGCGCGAGCCCCGCGAGCCCCGCGGCGCGCGCCCGCGCUCCGCCGCGCCGCUGGACGCGCGCGCCGUCCGCGCCGACGCCGCCCUGGCGCCGCCUCUCGACGCAUACCACGCGCGCAGAUAUAAUGAUAUGGCGCCAAAGCACUGGGAAGAGGGACCUCCCCGCUACCUCGGCUCUACUGAGUACGAGCGACCCCCACCAUACUACUAUCCCGGACCAAAGUGA